UUGGAGGAUCCCAUGUACGUCGAUGCCAAUCGGUAUCUCUGACGAUCCAACUGACAAGGACGCUUACAGACACUGAGAUCGACUGGGCGACCUACAUGGUCCAAGUCCGCAUGUUCUUAGACGGUGAACGAAAUUACGACAAGAUCACAGGGCCAACAGGUCCUCUGGUCUACCCAGCCCUCCAUGUCUACAUAUACACGGCGCUGUACUACCUCACCGACGAAGGCACGAACAUCCUCCGAGCACAAGUCAUCUUCGCAGGACUAUAUCUGGUCACCUUGGCUAUGGUGCUCGCAUGCUACAGACGAGUCGGUGCUCCUCCGUGGCUGUUGGUCCCGCUGGCAUUGAGCAAGAGAAUGCACUCUAUAUUUCUCCUAAGGCUGUUCAAUGACUGUUGGGCCAGCCUCGCAUUAUGGACAUCAAUAUAUCUGCUACAAAGAAGGAAAUGGGAACCUGCUGCAGUUCUGUGGGGAAUCGGACUCGGUGUGAAGAUGACAAUUCUACUAGCUGCCCCGGCUAUAGGAGUCAUCAUCUUGCAAGGAGCAGGGACUAAAGACGGUAUCUUCUGUGGUGUUACCGUCGUUGCUCUGCACAUUCUUCUGGCUGUACCAUUCACCACUUCCGGAGCAGGGUUCCAAUAUCUCCAUCGAGCAUUCGAGUUGACUCGACAGUUUUUGUUCAAAUGGACAGUCAACUGGAGAUUCGUGGGCGAAGAAGUCUUUCUCUCUCGCCAAUUUGCCAUCAGCCUCCUCAUCAUUCAUGUCACCUUACUCCUGCUCUUCUUCCAAGCCAAAUGGAUCAAGCCUAGUGCUUCGAAUCUGCUCGACUUUGCGAAGAAAUGCGUUGAAGGGACGCCGGCAAGUGAGCAUGCGAGUAUCUCGAAGAAAAUCACCCCGACAUUCGUGAUGGACACGAUGCUGGGAAGCAUGGUGAUCGGGAUGCUGUGUGCUCGAAGCUUGCACUACCAAUUCUUCGCGUAUCUUGGAUGGGCCACCCCAUAUCUGUUGUGGAGGGCAGGAGGAGGACCCAUCUGGGUCCUGGUCAACUGGGCUGUUCAGGAGUACUGUUGGCUUGUCUUCCCGAGCACUGACCUGAGCUCUGCAGUGGUGGUUGCUGAGAUGGCAUUGCAGGUCAUGUGUGCACUUGUUGCUCCGCCCGUGGAUCACAUCAGUCCGCCUGCAAAAGUGCAAGCAAGGACUACAUGAGCAUGGAGAGUGCUGCAGAC